UCCAUGUCACUGUCAUCUUCGAGGGCCGUCUUCGUCGUAGUUCUCCUGAUCAACUGUAUUCUCUGGUCACAGAGCCAGUAUGCUCUCGUCCCGAGCACCGCCAGUCCUUCCAUCUCCCAUCCCGGCAGGUCGCUCAAGCGCAGCCUUGUCGCACUGUAUUCCGGGUCGAACGACUCAACCGCUCUCGACAUUGAAGUCGCGACGUGCAAACCACUAGGAUUUCCCGUGGCGGAGCAAUGCUCUCAUGUCUGGGACGCCUGCCCCACCGCUCCCACCUUCCUCUCCAUCCCCUACCUGCAGUCUUACUUCUGCUCUUCAUCGACUGCUCGCCCAUUCUUAUUUGCAGGUUAUAUCCUGUGGCUCAUAUUCCUCUUCUCAACGCUUGGAAUAAGCGCAUCCGACUUCUUCUGCCCAAACCUCGCCACACUCGCCUCCAUACUAGGACUGGACGAGAAUGUAGCGGGCGUUACUUUCCUUGCCUUCGGUAACGGCAGCCCCGACGUAUUCUCCACUUUCUCAGCCAUGCGUGCAAACUCGGGUAGCCUGGCCAUAGGGGAGCUAUUAGGUGCUGCGUCCUUCAUCGUAUCCUGUGUCGUCGGCGCCAUGUGUAUCAUCAAGCCCUUCAAGGUCAACCGAGGCCCGUUUUUGCGAGACAUUGGCUUCUUCACUGUUGCCGUCACACUUUUCCUCGUGAUGCUGUGGGAUGGAACGAUUCAGGCAUGGGAGGCCGGAGGUCUGGUCAUUGUCUAUGUCCUCUACGUCUUCGCCGUCGUCAUCACGAGUUGGCUAUCCAGGCGGAGAGAGCGUGCACGAUUACGGGAUGCAAUGAUACGAAACGAAUAUGCGGAAGAGGAAUUUCCCCCAAUGGUCUAUCAUGAUGAUGAGCCGUACAGAGAUGACCCCAGCCCUGUCAUGAGCCGUGCAUCUUCUACGCUCCACCCUCCGGACCCCUAUUCUCGGUCCCGUGCCAUAUCUCAACCAAGUCCCCCUCGACUCGAGAUAGAAACGGGCCGACCUCGAAGGGCCUCCAUGACGCGACGUGCAUCACAGGAGAUCAGUCCCAUGCCGUCAUUCUCUCUCGUGGGCGCUCUGGAGUUUCGCGAGGUCGUUGCUUCACUGCAGACACAAGCUGCAAGCUCCUCCUUAAGCGUGUUCGAUUCACCAAUCACUCCGUUUCCCGGAGGACACUACCACCAUCACCACCGCCACCCACGUUCGCGUUCACGCUCUCCGUUAUCACACGAUGAGUCCACAAACCCAUUCGACCUCACUCUCGGCCUGCCUCUCAAUGACCGGUCACCCGUCAUUCGUCACACCGCGCCUCCCGAGUCCCCGCCCAUUGCACCCCUCAUCGAGAUCCACGACGCCGAGCCUCAUUCCGACGUUCCGACAAUAUCGCACACUCCAGCAUCACCAUCCUCAGAAGCCGACAGCGAAGUUCAACAUCAGCCUCGGCCACUGUCACGCCGCAAACGGGUGCUGCAGAUCUUGAAUCAUGCCUACCACAUCUUAUUCCCAACACUUACGCAUUUCCGGGCAAAACCAUGGCUCGGAAAGAUUGCUGGUGUGUUUGCGGCUCCAGCGGUGUUGGCCUUGACGAUCACCUUGCCCGUCGUCGUGACGCCGUACGACAGCCCUUAUGUCCACGAGAAGACCGUGGUGCCGGACUCGGGCCUCAAUUCCUUUGAGGAAGAAGGUAUUGAGCGGGCUCUGAUCGCAGAGGAAGAGGUUGAGGAGGAAAUUCAUGAACUCCAUUAUAACAAAUGGCUUAUGGCAGCGCAAUGCGCUCUUGGGCCGUUGUUCUCUGUAUCUGUCCUCUUCAAAGGCAUGACCGAGGCAAAGUGGAUGCUGCUUUCGGUCGGAAUUACAGGGCUCGCGGUAGGGGCGCUGGUUAUCGUCUUUUCGGAUAAUGGAGAUCGUCCAGCGUCUCGAUUAGCCCGCUGUUCCAUGGGGUUCUUAGUGGCAAUGGUUUGGAUCAUGGCCAUCGCUGAUGAAGUAGUGAAAGUGCUUCAGACCUUCGGCUUCAUUUUCGGGCUUUCAGAUGCCAUCAUCGGUCUGACCAUCUUUGCGGUCGGUAACUCUUUGGCGGAUCUUGUGGCCAACAUGAGUGUGGCGGUCUUUGCACCUAUCAUGGGAUUCUCCGCGUGUUUCGGUGGUCCUAUGCUGAACAUGCUUCUCGGUGUCGGCAUUUCUGGCUCGUACAUAAUCCACACCACCGCAAAACCCUACGAACUCAACUUUUCUACCACUCUCGUCGUGAGCGCCGUCGGCCUCCUUGCGCUCCUCGUUGCCACCAUGAUCUUCGUACCCUGGAACGGAUAUUUCAUCCCGCGAUCAUGGGGCGUUUUCCUCAUCGGGUUUUACGUGGUCAUCAUGACUGUGAACGUCGUGGUGGAGGUGUUGGAUAUUUAAUAGCGUGUAGUGGAAAGGUCCGUUUUUAUUUGUCGGUGUGUUUUGCUUUUACCUUUGGACUUUGCGAACGUUUGGAUCUGAAUUACAGCUGUGAUGUUGUAGUGUAUAUUUACAUCGCUCAUGUUAUACUACGUGCUUUCAUAUGUCGUCUUCGCC